CAGAAAUCCAAUUUGUAAAGCUCCUUUUAUCAACUUUUGACAACUUUUCUAGUGGAAACACAUACAUUAUGCACAAAAAAAUUGACUAGACAACCAUAAACAUUUUUAGGUUGCAACUACAAAGCAAAAGAGAGGAUAUAAAAUGGCAUUGGCUUAUGGAUGAAUUUGGUAAGCUAGAGUUUGAAAGUAGAGGUUUCAAUGGGGCAAUUAGUACCUCAUGUAGCAUCCGGUUUUGCAUUCACUCUUCUUGGCCUUUGGCAUACUGUGAAUACGAUCAAAACCUACAAUCUCAAAGGCUCUUCAAAUUUCAAAGUACGAUUUUGGUAUCCUCUCGACCAACCUUUUUCCAAAUUCAAGUACUUGGAGCUCAUUUUCGUGUUCUCUUUUUCGAUCAUUGCAAUUUUCAGACAAUUUUGGGACUUCCCUUUUGUUCAUUUGUCUUUCAAAGUCAUCAACUUGGAGCACGCUAGCAUGUUCCUACACCUUGCCAUAUUUUCAGCCUGUGUUUUCAGUCAGGAGUUAUUCUUGCUCCAUUUCCACUCAGCUGACCAUAAUGGCAUCGAAGGUCAUUACCAUUGGCUCUUGCAAGUGAUAGUGUUCGCGUCUCUUGUGUCAGUAAUCGUAGCUGCUUGUUGUCCUAGCAACUUCCCUGCAGCUCUUAUUCUUUCAUUAUUGGUUGUUUUGCAAGGGUGUUGGUUUAUGAACAUGGGGUUCAUGCUAUGGGUUCCAAACUUAGUUCCCAAGGGCUGCAGUAUGAGGGUGAUGGACAACGGCAAAGAUGAAAUGCUUGGAGCAGUCAUUUGUGCCUCUGAAGAAGCUGAUAUGAGGGCACGGGCACUCGCCAACCUCCAAUUCAGCUGGAUACUAGCAGGAAUUCUUAUAUUUACUGGAAUUAUAAGCAUCAAAUGUACUAAAUCUGAAAAUUGCAGCUCGAAGAUCCAGUUAACGGACUAUGAGCAGCUUUGAGUUGACCAAAAGAUACCAAUAUGCAUUGAUAUAGCUAUCAGCAACAAGGUUGUGAAUGAGUUGAAUCAAUUGGCCAAAAGGGUCAAGACAAUGUCAUAUGAAGAGAAAAGGCUGUGAUUGUGUUAUUAAAACCAUCAAUCAUAAUAAAUACAUAAAGAACUUAGGUACA